AAUAGUGUAAAAAUAUUAUGAGACAGCAGACUGACGAGCUGAUAGAACGUUGGUUUUCCAAAAAGAUAAACGUGGUUUGGAAUAAUCGAUGCUUCUAAGCGCGAUUUUACGAAACUCUGCGUGAUUGUGCAAACAACGGCACAACAGGUUUUUUCCACUUUAGCGGUACGAUAUGUUUCGCGAAAUCACUAUGAGAAUUUAAGGAUCGCCGUCGGAAACGCGAAAAGCAAGAGUGAGGAGCAAUCGCUAACGUGGUCAAGCAGCCCCGCACCGGAUGGAUGUCGACGACGAUACGUAGUACGGCAACGGCGUAGAACGACGUUAGAACGUUACCGCUUGCGGCUGCAGCUGCAGCGUCAUCGGUCGCUGCAUCUGCAGCUGCGGUGGCGGCGGCGGCGGCGGUGCAGGCGGUGGCGGCAACCAGGAUUUAAUCAGAGGGCGAAACGAUGCAGAACGUCGGCGACUAUUAUCAAAGAGCGCCGAGAUGUUGUCCGGGUAGAAGCGGCGGUAGCAACAACAAUAACAAUAGCGCGGGCGGAUCGGUGCGAGGCGCAGAGCUGCUCUGCUGCUGCUGCAGCUGCAGCACCGCUACUUCUAUGAAGACUCCGGGGUUGCUAGCAAGUCUUGGCGUAUGUGUGCUCGUUCUCGGCUACACCCUACUCGGCGCGUUCGCCUUUAUGGCCCUCGAGGGAGGCUUAAAAUCGGAUUCACUUACCGAGAUUACAUCGUCGAAACCCGACGGGACUUCUUACGUAUUGCCCAACCUGGAGAAUGAUUCCACGGAAUUGAGAGCACGUACGGUCGAGAAGUUGUGGAGCAUAACCGAGGAUCUUAACGUUCUCUACAAGGAGAAUUGGACUCGUCUAGCUGCCCGAGAGGUCCUCGAGUUCCAGGAGAAUCUGGCCCGCGGCCUCAGGCGCACUUCCUACGAGCAGGUGCCACCGUUGCCUCCGCGGUCCCGAGAGCAUCACGCGGACAAACGGCUGCACGGUCGACGAUGGACUUUCAGUAGUAGCCUGCUAUAUUCUCUGACGUUGAUUACGACCAUAGGAUACGGUAGCGUAGCGCCACGCACAAUCUGGGGCCGGCUGAUCACUAUAGUCUACGCCUUGGCGGGAAUUCCAUUGAUGUUGGUCUAUCUCAGUACGGUGGGCGAUGUGCUCGCCCGAAGCUUCCGUCGUCUGUAUGGACGAAUGUGUCGGCGGCCGCGUAAUUGCGCGCGAAAGCAACAACCACCGCCACCGCCACCGCCAGUCGGCGGCAUAAUGGCCAAGGCGUAUCGCUACGACAAUCAUGUGGAAACCAAGGGAGGUGGCAAUUAUUACUCGGCAAGCAGGGAAAGCUCCUGCGAUGAUUUGGGUAUUCGUGGCACUGGCAGCGCAAUCCUGCUCGAUUGCGGCAGCGAGGGUCUUUUGCACGCUACCACCAGUUCGACAGCCGCGCUCCAGGAUGUGACAACAGGCAACGGCAAGCGACACUUUCAUCCGUGUUCGCUGUCCUUAUCAUCCACCUCGUCACCGGCGUACAUGCUAGAGAUAGAGACCAACCCCGUCAGGAUACCGAUUAGCUUGUGCCUGGCGAUAAUGCUGGUAUAUAUAUGCGGCGGCGCGGUCAUGUUCAACCGACUGGAGGGCUGGAGCUUAUUGGAGGGCGGAUACUUCUGUUUCACCAGCCUUGGCACGAUCGGUUUUGGAGACCUGAUGCCGGUGGGACGUAACGCGCCGUCGACCACCUUGGAGGAGCUCAGCCUGUGCGCCUGUUCGCUCUAUAUUCUCGCCGGGAUGGGCCUGAUCGCCAUGUGCUUCAACCUCGUCCAGGAGGAGGUGGUACGCGUGGUCAGGGUCUUCGGUAGAACCUGCGGCAUGUCGUCGGGCGUGGUGGUCGGACCUAUCGGUGGUACAGCAGGCGCCACUUCCGGUCUCAAGGCCGACCUCGAUGAUGGAGGUGGCACCAGCGACUCGCGAUUGUCCGAACAAGAAGAGGAGGCGAUCGCCAUGUCGAUGGUGCCGGCCGGUUCCUGACAGCAUCAGGCCAGGA